UAAUUGAAACUUACAGUAAACAACAACAACAACAAUAAUAAAAAACACUAUCAAGCAUGUAGGAAAAUAAAAAUAACGAUGGAAACCGCUCUCUUCUUCAAUAGAAAGCCAGAACUUGCAGGAUUCUACUCGACUCAACCCGUUCCGAUUCACCGAGUCAUCAACUCACCUAUCAUACCCAGAAGAUGAAAAAAAGAAGCAGCGCGGACAUCGAUCAAGCAGUAGUUAAUGUUUGGAAACGCGAACUCGGCCAACUCUCCACUCGCAAUUUCGCUCACCGCUUCGCCGCUUCCGAGGAUCUUGUGUCGAGGCUUGAAAUUCACAAGAAGUUAGAGAAGCACGAUGGAUGUGUAAACACGCUGAGUUUCAAUGCAGGUGGUGACAUUUUGGUGUCGGGCUCAGAUGACCUGCGGGUGAUUUUAUGGGAUUGGGAAACUGGGCGUGAUAAGCUUUCCUUUCGUUCGGGUCAUGAUAAUAACGUGUUUCAAGCCAACUUCAUGCCCUUUUCUGACGAUCGAACUAUUAUUACUUGUGCUGCUGAUGGCGAGAUUCGGCAAGCUCAAAUUCUGGAAGGGGGGGAAGUGAAGACUAUAUUGCUAGGAAAACAUGAGGAAUCACAAGUUCAUAAGUUGGCUAUUGAGCCUGGGAGUCCUCAUAUAUUCUAUUCUUGUGGCGAGGAUGGAGUGGUUCAACAUUUUGAUUUGAGAACCAGAUCUGCCACAGAACUUUUUACUUGCCUUUGUGUUGAUGAUUUGAAGGGGUAUCGUCCAUAUGUCCCUCUAAAUGCUAUUGCUAUUGAUCCAAGGAACCCAAAUCUCUUUGCAGUUGGGGGAAUGGAUAAGUUUGCUCAACUUUAUGACAUCCGCAAGUACAAGUGGGAUGGGUCAAGUGAUUUUGGUCAACCUGCAUGUUAUUUCUGUCCUCAGCAUUUGAUUGGUAAUGAAGAUACUGGAAUCACAGGCUUGUCAUUCUCAGAUCAGAGUGAGCUUCUAGUCUCAUAUGGUGACGAGUUCAUCUAUCUUUUUACACAAAGCAUGGGUUUGAGAAAUCCUCCAUUUCCAUCCUCUUCAUUUAUGGUUUCAAUGGGCAGUGAUACAAGCAAAGUAGAACCUGGAUCUAUAGCUUCUUCAUCAUCUAUGGAUCUGGAUGGGAAAAAUGCCCCCCAAGUUUAUAUGGGCCACAGAAAUUGUGAGACUGUGAAGGGUGUGAGCUUUUUUGGGCCAAGAUGCGAGUAUGUUUCUAGCGGGUCUGACUGUGGUCGGAUUUUUAUUUGGAAGAAAAGGGGUGGAGAGCUUAUUCGUGUUAUAGAAGCGGAUAAGGAUGUGGUAAAUUGUACUGAGCCCCAUCCCCAUACCAUGGCACUUGCUAGCAGUGGAAUCGAGUAUGAUAUAAAAAUAUGGACCCCAAAAGCUAUUGAGAGAGCUACUCUGCCAACAAACAUUGGACAGAUUGCUACAAUAUCCAUGCUAUAGACUAUAUGGGCAGCAGGGCAUCUAAUUUCUCAGCUGUUACUUGUUUUCGAAAGCUUCUGAUGGCCAAUCGCAUUGAUUGGUUUGGCAUGAGUGACAACAACGACGACGAUGAUGGUGACAGUGAUGACAGUGAUAUUGAUGAUGACUUUUACGAUGAUUAUAGUGACAACGGUGGCGUUUGUGAUGAGGAUGAUGAUAAAUUUCUUGGCAGUUAUGAUGAAUGUUGAUUCUGAUUUAAACUUUAUGUGUUGAGCUGAAACCAAAGGCUAGGGGAUGGUUGGACCGCUUGGCUUCACCUGAUUUCCUGAUCCUGCAAUAAUUUUCACUUCAAAGACAGGUAGGGAACUUACAGAGCUCAUGCUAUCGUUUGAUGUCAAAAGUGACAGUGACGUUUCUUAAGAUGACGGGGAAAAUAUUGCAAUUCACGAUAAUUGCAAUUCAUGACGACGGGUUGGGUUAGGAGAUGCAUUGUUACCUCCCGGCCUAUUGAAAAGUGGUAAGAGUAAAUGUACAUAGUAUAGGGUUUUAGCUUUAACUAUUUUGAGCUGUCUUGCAAAUUUCCAUGUCUAACCAGCUAUAUUAUUCUGUAUUUAAAUUGUUUUUCGUUCAUUAAUAGUUACUUCCUCCUC